CCUGGACGAGGUGAGGGCGGUCCUCAGCAUCCUCAGGGAUACGCAGCUUCUCCCCAUUACCACAGGUGCGUAUCAUCCCUUUUCCAGACCCAAAGUAGCGCAGCUCACCCGACCACAGAACAAUCACCAUGGGUGCCAGCCAGAGCGUGUACAUGGCCAACGCCUCCGGCCAGAACAUCUAUGUCAUGGCCUCCCUCAACCCCGACUGGGCCAUCGUCGACUUCAUCACCGACAUCGGGCUCCUGUUCGUCGGCGUCGAGGAGCUGAAGGCCGUCACUAUGCUCGGCGAGCUCCCCGAGGCGCUCGUCACCAUCCGUGACCUGUACGAGUUCCUCAAGAUCGCCGCCAAGAUCCUCAGCGGCACACUCUCCGUCGGCAGCCGCGGGCCCGAGGCCGCGCUCGCGCUCGUCGACGCGUUCAGCAAGACGUCCAUCCCCAUCGCGUACGGGGACUACAAGAACGUGAAGGACGAGGGGGUGCUGGGGAUGUAUCUGAGCGCGUCGGGGAUUGCGGGUCUGCUGGGGGCGUCGACGGUUAGUGUGAUGGUGCUGAGCGGGGACGGGAAGCAGCUUGCGAUGUAUAACACGGGGUCGGAUGACUCGUGGAUUGCGACGGAUCGCCAGGAGAUCGUGCGCUCGAAGUAUGGGUCGAUUUGGCAGCAGGAUCCUGAUGCAGGCAGGGAGAGCUGGCCCGUGCAGUAAAGGAUUGCGGGCUCGCGUGCAAAGCACAUUGGCAGCAGCUCGAAGAAUUGUUGUACAUCGGUUAUGUUGUAUAGUUACAUUAGUCUGAAGCAGUAUAAGAGCGUUACUGAGAGGAUGGGUUAUUGCACAGAGAGCUCACUAGAAGGCAAAUACAGGUAUAGUUCGUUAAAACAUCAGUUGACAUCUC